GUGUGUUUGAUGAUCUGACGCUCGCCAUGGUGAACUUACGCCCUAUAUCUGCGGCACUCCACGAGAAGGCGAAGCGAGAGCUGAACGAAAAGCCCGAACGCAUCGAAGAGGAUCUCGCCGCACUACGGCAAUGGUUAGCCCGUACGCCACACAUCCGGGCCCGGAUCGAUGAUCAGUUUUUGGUGACGUUUCUGCGCGGCUGCAAGUACAGCCUGGAGCGUGCGAAGGAGAAGAUCGACAUGUUCUACAGCGUGCGCACAGCCAUCCCGGAGCUGAUGCGCAACCGUGAUCCGGACAUGGGUCGGACGCGAGAAAUUGUGCGGCUUGGCGUGGGACUGCCGCUCCCGCUAACCGAUGGGCCCGAUGCACCGCGCAUCAUGCUUAUCCGGCCAGGUGUCUACAAUCCGAAGCAGUACACGAUCGAGGAGGUGAUCAAAGUGAGCACCAUGAUCAACGACAUACUGAUGCUGGAGGACGACAAUAUGGUGAUCGCCGGUCAGGUUGGCAUACUCGACCUAGCAAACGUAACGAGCGCCCACUUUCUGCAAUUUACACCAACAUUUGUAAAGAAGAUGACCAUGAUGAGCCAGGAAGGAUCACCACUGCGCCAGAAAGGAUUCCAUUACAUCAACACACCGACCGGAUUCGAGACCGUGUUUAACAUGUUCAAAUCAUUCAUGAGCGAAAAGAACCGAUCGCGGCUGUACGUACAUGGCAGCAAUCUGGAAAAGCUGUACCAACACAUACCGAAGCGUCUGCUGCCGAAAGAGUACGGCGGUGAGAGUGAUUCGUUGAAGGACAUAACAUCCGCCUGGGAGAAAAAGAUCCUCUCCUACCGGGACUACUUCCUGGAGGAGGAUCAGUACGGGACGGACGAGCGGAAGCGCGUCGGUAAGGCUAAAACGGCCGACACACUGUUCGGGAUGGAAGGAUCCUUCCGCAAGCUGGAGGUGGACUGA